ACCAACAAACACACAAGCUAGGAUUCGAUUUAAACUCUCUCUCAUCCAUCCAUCGUUGCCAGCAAGAAGGAAGGAGAUCGGUAGAGCAAUGGCUCCGAUGGCGGUCAAGGGUGUUGCGGCGAAGAAGGCGCAGGCUAAGGGAGCGUACGUGACGUUCCUUGCCGGCUCCGGCGACUACUGGAAGGGCGUGGUCGGCCUUGCCAAGGGCCUCCGUGCCGUCAAGUCGGUGUACCCGCUGGUGGUGGCCGUGCUCCCCGACGUCCCAGAGGAUCACCGCCGCACGCUGGUCGACCAGGGCUGCGUCGUCCGCGAGAUCGAGCCCGUGUACCCGCCAGAGAGCCAGACCCAAUUCGCCAUGGCCUACUACGUGAUCAACUACUCCAAGCUCCGCAUCUGGGAGUUUGUUGAGUAUGAGAAGAUGGUGUACCUGGACGCCGACAUCCAGGUGUUCGACAACAUCGACUACCUCUUCGACCUGGAGGCCGGCAGCUUCUACGCCGUCAAGGACUGCUUCUGCGAGAAGACAUGGAGCCACACGCCGCAGUACAAGAUCGGCUACUGCCAGCAGUGCCCCGACAGGGUUGCCUGGCCGGAGCACGACCUCGGAGUGCCACCGCCGCCGCUCUACUUCAACGCCGGCAUGUUCGUGCACGAGCCCAGCCUCGCCACCGCCAAGGCCCUCCUUAAGAAACUCGUCGUCACCGAUCCGACCCCCUUUGCUGAGCAGGACUUCCUGAACAUGUUCUUCAGGGACGUGUACAAGCCCAUCUCGAACGUGCAUAACCUGGUGCUGGCCAUGCUGUGGAGGCACCCCGAGAACGUCGAGCUCGGGAAGGUCAAGGCCGUGCACUACUGCGCUGCGGUAAUUUACGUCUUCGUACAAUCCGCCAUGAUUUUUUCUCUGUCGGUUCUUCAGUUUUAUGAUUAUGAUCAUUGUUUCCACUGUGCGUACGUGCAGGGCUCGAAGCCAUGGAGGUUCACGGGCAAGGAGGCGAACAUGGACCGUGAAGACAUCAAGAUGCUGGUGAAGAAGUGGUGGAACAUCUACGACGACGAGAGCCUAAACUUCAAGGGAGACGUCGCCGGCGAGGUCACCGUCACCGACCCGCUUGGUGCGGCUCUGUCCGAGGCCCUCGCCGUCAAGUACUUCCCAGCGCCCUCAGCCGCAUAGGCUCGUUGCUGCGUUCAUGCCGGCGUUGAAGUACACUGCUUGUUGGCGCUCAAUCAGGCGUCAUAAUUCAGAUUAGAAUCUACUGCAAUUAGGGAUUUCGCCGAAAGGAAAUAAUAUGUAUUAUCGAUAAAUGAUCGGUCUACACGGUUUUGGUGUUGUAGAUCUACGAUCAGUAUAUCAGUUUAUUUUUGUUUGCAAGACUAGGACAAGUUUGUAAAUACGUACAGGCAUGCACACGGUUGGUCUAACACUAUGGAGAUCUACCUACCUGCUGCGUACGUACUUGUAAGUUCGAAACAUUUUGGAACCUAGUAUAAUAAGAUUAUUUUUCCCCUA